GCACAAGUCUGGCUAAGAAAUGGUUGAUAGCCACGAUGAAUUGGGUAUUGAUGGCGUCUUUUCCCUUCUUGGAAGGGAGGAGGAAAAGAAAAAGGAGUGAGCUUGGAAAAAAGCAUAGAGAGAGUUUAGAGUCCGGUUCACGCCACCUCGGUCGUCGCCUUCUGCCCACAGGCCACACAGCCUUUGCUAUAAAGAACUGUUCCUUUCCCCCUCCCUCAUGCAACCCACGCCCUCCUCCUCCCCUCCAUGCUCUUUAACUCCUCUUUUCCUCCCUCCUUUUCUUGGCGAAUUGUGCAAAGGAAAUGGGGCAUGAGGCUCUUCGGCUCAGCUACUGCGGGUAGGAGUUCUGAUACUUGAGGUGGAGGUGGAGGUGGAGGUGGAGGCGGAGGUAGAGGCUUGCUGUACAUGGAGAGGCCCAGUUUCAUCAAGCAUGGAGUACUGAGACUGCCUCCCGGGUUUAGGUUCCACCCCACCGAUGAGGAGCUGGUGGUUCAGUACCUCAAAAGGAAGGUGCUCUGCUGCCCAUUGCCGGCUGCAGUGAUUCCUGAGAUCAAUCUGAGCAAGUACGACCCCUGGGAUUUGCCAGGUGAAGGCGACGGAGAACGGUACUUCUUCAGUCUUCGAGAGGCUACGUACCCAAAAGGAAGCCGCAGCAACGGAGCAACCCUCUCCGGCUACUGGAAGGCCACCGGGAAGGAUAGGCCGGUCGUAGCUUCGGGGAGCAACGAGCUGGUGGGGAUGAAGAAGGUGCUUGUGUUCCACCGGGGGAAACCUCCGCAUGGCUCUCGAACCGAGUGGAUCAUGCAUGAGUACCACUGCCUUGCUGCCUGCGAGACCAGAGGCUUCAGCUUCGCACAGAGAAAGAAGUUUGUGCAUAGUUGCAUGAGACAGACCAAAAAUGACUGGGUGGUCUGCCGCAUCUUGAAGAAGCGAGCCAAGAUGUUGGAAGCAGGGAACACCAGCCGCAGCUACAAUGACGGCCGAGUUCGGAUCGACCAUGUCGAAUUCCUGGAUGUGCAGCGUUCGUCAUCCUCCUCCUCCUCUUCUUCUUCAUCAAGCUGUGUGACUGAUCUCUCGUCGGAGGAAGGCGAAGAAGGCAGCAGCAAUGGCGUUAAUGCUUCGCCUCCAUGCGGAAGUCUGCCUUAGUGUCGUCUUCGUUCUCUCGAUGUACUACAAUAACUUUGCUCGAGUAACUCGGCUGUGAACUCUGCGCCAUGUCGCUUGUAAUUUCUGUUCUCGUUAAUCAAGAAAGAUUAAUCCA